CAGCGGCCCGGCCCCGCCGCCCUCGCUGGGGCCGCCCAGGGCCAGGGGAGGUAGCGCCUGGCCCGGCUCCUCUCGGGGCUGUGCCACGGAGCUGCCCCGCCGGGCGGGCGCGGGGCCAGCAUGAGCUCGCCCGGCCCGGAGGGCGCGGGCAAGCCCCCGCAAUACCGCGUGGACCACCUGCUGAGCGCCGUGGAGAGCGAGCUGCAGGCGGGCAGCGAGAAGGGCGACCCCACGGAGCGGGAGCUGCGCGUCGCACUGGAGGACAGCGACCUGUGGCUGCGCUUCAAGGAGCUCACUAACGAGAUGAUUGUCACCAAGAACGGCAGGAGGAUGUUCCCGGUGCUGAAGGUGAGCGUGUCGGGGCUGGAUCCCAACGCCAUGUACUCUUUCCUGCUGGACUUCGUGGCGGCCGAUGGGCACCGCUGGAAGUACGUGAACGGGGAGUGGGUGCCGGGCGGGAAGCCAGAGCCGCAGGCGCCCAGCUGCGUCUACAUCCACCCCGACUCGCCUAAUUUCGGCGCCCACUGGAUGAAGGCGCCCGUCUCCUUCAGCAAAGUCAAACUCACCAACAAGCUUAACGGCGGCGGGCAGAUCAUGUUGAACUCCCUGCAUAAGUAUGAGCCAAGGAUUCAUAUAGUGCGAGUGGGUGGCCCACAACGGAUGAUCACCAGCCAUUCCUUCCCAGAGACCCAGUUUAUAGCCGUGACGGCCUACCAGAACGAGGAGAUCACAGCUUUAAAAAUUAAAUACAAUCCGUUUGCAAAGGCAUUUCUUGAUGCAAAAGAAAGAAGUGAUCACAAAGACAUGAUGGAGGAAGUGGGAGACAAUCAGCAGUCUGGGUAUUCACAGUUAGGUAGUUGGCUUAUUCCUGGGACUGGAACUCUGUGCCCACCUGCCAAUCCUCACGCCCAGUUUGGAGCCCCCCUUUCACUCUCCCCUGCUCACAGCUGUGAAAGGUACUCAUCACUGAGGAACCACCGUCCUGCCCCCUAUGCCACCCCCUACACCCAUAGAAACAACUCACCAACAGCCUAUGCUGAUAACUCCUCUACCUGCCUAUCCAUGCUGCAGUCCCAUGACAACUGGUCUUCUCUAGGAGUUACUACACACACAACGAUGCUGCCCAUGAGUCACAGCACUGGCACAGCUACCAGCUCCAGUCAGUACCCCAACUUAUGGUCUGUGAGUAACAGCACCAUCACACCGGUGUCUCAGUCAAGCGGGAUGUCCAACGGCCUGAGCUCCCAGUUUUUGCGUGGCUCUCCUGCACACUACACUGCUCUUCCUCACCCGGUCACAGCCACCUCCUCUGCCUCCCCCCUGUACGACGGCGGGGCACCCACGGACCUGCCUGACAGCCAGUACGAUGCCUCCACACAUGCCAGGCUGGCAUCCACGUGGACACCUGUCACGCCCCCUUCCAUGUAAACCUUGACCUUUUCCUCUAAGGCAGACUUCUUAGCUACUGAAUUACUUUAAAUGCUUAAUCCUCAAAGAAGACAAAAGGGAGAUAUGAAAGAAACUGCAAACAAAGCAUCUGCACUGCUUUGCUUAGAGCAUCUAUAUUAUACCUCUCAUAGUGAACAGUGCAUCACUGACUUCAUGUAGAGUUUACAAACUGGUGAGUGUGCAAUUCUGAGAGCAGAUUCACUGCUUUUAAUCUUUUUCAUUUUUUAAAGGUUGAUAGACCUAAGUUUUAAGGUUUUUACUUAGAUUUCAAAUUUCUCAGUGUUCUCAUAUAUUUGGACCUGAAGUUUGGCAUCAUUCUUAAGUUACUCAUAACUGGUUUUCAGUUAAUUUUUUUAAGUGGCAAACUUAGCUAUAGGCAUGAGAAGACUUUUAUUAACCAUCUAGUUAGAAGCAUUCUGAUAUAUGCACAAAUGUAGCUGAGGAGUGAAGUUUUUGGAAAAUCAUGUGCACUAACACGUAUUUGCCUCACAAAUACGUUGUGUUCUUGACUGUAUGCUUAUUUCCUUGCUGCUGAAUUAAUGUUGAGACAAUCUGCAAGAACUGUAAUCCUCCCAAUAAAAACAGUAUUAAUGUUUGGUCUAAAAAGUUUUACCCAAAAGACUUCUCUUAGAGGUAAGUUUUGCUGUUUAAUCAUAUAGAUUUCAAAUACCCAUCAGCUUAACUAAACAUCUCCUUUCAAACAGCUGGUGUCUAAUUAGGAGCCCUAUCCAAAACGUUCUGAGACAUUGAAAAUACAUCACUGUUUUUUUGUUUUUGUUUGG